AUGAGCAUAAGGGGGAUGCUAAAUAAUGAACUUAUUAUAUUAAAAAUAACCGAAUUCCUAAAUAUUCAAGAAAUUCAAAAUUUAAUAAUAUCAUUAAACAUUAAUGUAAAAACGAAUGUAUAUUUUAUGCGAGAAUGCCUAUCUUUAAUAAACAUAAAAUUUGAUAACAAAAAUGAAAUCAAUAAUUCAGAAAUAAAAAUUGAUAAUAUUAUGAACAGUAAUAUAAGUAGUAAAGUAGAGGAAAAUAAUGAUUCAGAAAAUGGAAAUAAUUUAUUUUCACAAACAUGUAAUUAUAUUGAUAUUGAAACAAACUCAAAUGCUUCAACAUAUGGAAGUAUAACAUUUGACGAUCUUAAUAAACAUGAUAAUUCAUUUUUUCAUAAUUAUGAAUGGGAAAAUGAUGGAAUUUAUAAUAUAAUACCGAAUUUUGAUGAUAAUAAUAAUUAUGAAGAUAAUAUAUAUUUUGAAACCAUUGAUACGAUAAAUACCCAAAAUACGAAUUUUAAUAUGAUUGACAAUAAAAAAAAAAAAAAAUAUGUAAAAACCAAAUUACCAUUUGAAAAUUUGUUCGAAAAGGAUUCAAAUGAUAAUUCAGAAAAUAGUUAUGAAAAUUAUUUUUGUCGAAAUUUUUUUUCAGCCAUUAACAUAGAUUACACUAAAGUCAGUAAAAAACAGAUUAAAUAUAUACUUGAAAUAAAAAAUUGUUUAAUAAAAAAUGAAGAAAAAAAUAGCGAUAAUGAUAACAAAACAAAAGAUGUCUUUAAUCAUAUAUGGAUGUAUAUGCAUAUGCGCAAUCCCGUAAUUGAUAUUGACAAACAAUAUAAAAAUAGUUUUUUUAAAAUUAAUAUAAAUAAUUUUUGCCAUCGAAAUAAUAAAAUUCAAUUUGAUAUUUUUGGUAUAUAUAAAUAUAAUGAUAAAUAUUAUACUUUUAAUGAUAUACCAUGGAUUGAUAUAUAUUUUCAAUUAUGCUUAAAUGCAAUUUGUUCCUUUUGUAAUAUCAAAGUAGAUGAAAAGUCAAAUUGCAUUUUUUCUGAAAAAAUUAGCCUAGAAAUGUCUAACAAUAUUUUAAUGAAAUACUUUAAUUCGAAAAGUAAAGAUAUUUCGAUAAAUAAAUGUCCAUCAAUUAAUAAAAUCAAAAAUCCUCCAGAAAACAAUAUGCUUACUUUUACAAAUAGCGACAUUAUAAAAAGUGAUGAUAAUUAUGAUAAGAUCAUACCAUUUGAUGAUAGUUUUGAAGAAUAUAUAACUCCAAAAAAAAGAAAAUUAAAUUAUUUUAGUGAAGAUGAUAAUCAAAGUAAAAAUGAAUAUUUCGAUAAUCAACUUGAAAUAGGAACAAAUAAUAACGAGUUUUUUUUCAUAAAAAAAACACACAUAUUUUGCGAUGAAUGCUAUAAGUUGGUUUCUUAUAAAUCUGGUAUAAAACCAGUAUUUGAAUUAAUAAUAGAGGAUUAUAAUUUAUUAUUACAAUUAAACUUAGUUGAAACUGUUAUCGAUUUUCCGAAAAAUUUAUUUUGUAUAUGUAAUUAUUUUUUUCUUAAAGAUCGAUAUAUUGAUUUUUUUAGGAAACUUAGUAUUACAAUACAAAGCUUGAGAAAACAAUUAAUAAAAAAAUUAAUAAAUAAUUUUAUUUUUGCUUUUACUUUUAAUUUUUAUAAAUAUAUAAUUAAACCAUUAUUAUUAUGCGAUGAAAAAAAAAUAGUAAAUCAAGAAAGUUUUUUUUUAGUUGGAUUUUAUGUAAAAUAUAAAAAUCUAUUUAAGCUUUUUAAAAGUCCAAGAAUUGCAUAUGUAUAUUAUUCUUUUAAUAUAAUUUUUCAAAAAAUUAAAAUAUUGGAAACCUAUUAUAAAAAUAAAUUCUUUAUGAAAGUUUCAAGAUCUUUACAUUUUGAUGUCAUAACUCUUUUGGAAAAAUAUAAAAAAUCACAAGCCAGAGGAUUAUAUAGAAAUGUUUCGAAAUAUAUAUACGAUCGGUUGAAUUAUGAUAUUAUUUCCAAAAACGAUUAUUCAGAAAUAUAUGAUUAUUUUUUUCGGUGUUUACGUGACUAUAAGUUUACAUGA